AGCGUGGAAUUUCACGAAAAGGGCAGAAGACAUCAAGAAAAUGUCAAGAAACGUCUUAGGAACAUUACCAAGUCCAGUGCCAAGACACAGAGAGAAUCUGAAAAUGUGGACAAAGCUAUCAAGAAAAUGGAAGCGGCGGCCUUGGCAGCGUAUCGAAAAGACUUUGAAAGCAAUUCUGUCACCGAUUUGACUUCAAUUGCCAUAAAAGAAAAAAUGAAAAAUGAAAGCUUAACUUUGAGCGAAGACAGUAAAACAGUUUGGCAUGAAGCUAAAUCUAAGGAGGGAAACACGUAUUAUUGGAAUACUUUGACAAAUGAGUCCGUUUGGGAACCGCCAAAAGAAGGUUAUCUAAGUAUUAAAGAACAACGAGAACAAAAAGAUUCAGAAACAACAAAACAGUUGAAAGAAGUAGAUAAGUAUAGAAGAACAGAGGCGUUGCAGAGGAUACAAGUUCAAAAGAUGGAGGAAGAUGAAGAGAGGGCAAGAAUAGCUCGAGAAAAAAUGAAGGAAAGAAGAGUGGUAGAUGAUAUUCCAGAACCUGUCUACGGACCAAUCAUUGAUCCUGGUAAAAAUGAUCCUUAUGGAAAAUGGCAAACAGUUAAGGAAGAAAAGGUGGUUGAUUUACAACUUCCCGUACUGCAAGAGCAGUUUGAGUGUCCAGUAGUUUAUGAACCUGAACCAGUCAAAAAGGAAUUUAAAGAAAGAACAGUAGAAAGUCUAGAUACAUGUGAACAAUCUUCUACAUUUAAGAAAAGAAAAAUUAUUUCAGGAGCACUGAGAAAUACUAGAAAAAGAUUGGAGGAAGAUUGAAUCUAUAAACUUGUAUUAAAACACAUUUCCCUUACCAGAACAGAAUACUGACUCUCGACACGUUAUUGUAUAACCAAGUUAGCAUCAUCAGGAGUUGAUUAAAAUUAAAGUGGACCAUAAUUUGUUCUGCUGCGGGAAAAUGUGUUUGAUAGGUUCAUUUUGAUGAGGAGACUCAAAUUCUACCCAAUCAAUAAUAUUUGUUUUUGGGUUACAAUGGCCGAAGUGAAGACUGUUUGCAAAAUGCCUGAAGAAAAAUAUUAAAUGAUGUUUAAUAACAUUUUAAGUUAUGGUAACAAGUUGUGACAAGUGAAUGCUGAAGAAGAAUAAUUGUAAAAUAAAAAUUAAAUGAAUUAUCAA